CUUCUAUAAAAGUGUUAUUCUAGGUAUUCGCAUAACCAAAUAAGGGAUUUCUGUCUUAUUUCAUGAACUAGAUAUGUGGUGCAUCUAAACAACCCGUUGUAACUUUGAAAUUGUCGCCCCGUUCGAUGUAAAUAGCCCCCUCGUGCGUUAGCAAUAAGGCGAAGCAAAGAUGUCUUUCCGUGUAGUCCGUAGUUCAAAGUUCCGGCACGUCUACGGCCAGGCCCUUAAGCGCGAGCAGUGCUAUGACAACAUAAGGGUCAGUAAGAGCUCCUGGGACGCCACUUUCUGUGCCGUGAACCCCAAAUUCCUGGCAAUCAUCGUGGAGAGCGCGGGGGGCGGCGCCUUCAUCGUCCUGCCCCACAACAAGGUUGGGCGGCUCGCCGCCGACCAUCCGCUCGUCGGGGGGCACAAGGGGCCCGUGCUCGACAUCGCCUGGUGCCCCCACAACGACAACGUCAUCGCCAGCGGCUCGGAAGACUGCGUGGUCAAAGUGUGGCACAUACCGGACGGGGGGCUCAUCAAGACACUCACCGAGCCCGUCGUCGACCUCAUCUAUCACCAAAGACGCGUGGGGCUCGUGCUCUGGCACCCCACUGCCCUCAAUGUGCUUCUCACGGCCGGGAGCGACAAUCAAGUGGUUAUUUGGAAUGUUGGCACUGGAGAAGCCCUAGUCAAAAUCGAUUGUCAUCCAGAUAUUGUGUACAGUGCUUGUUUUAACUGGGAUGGCUCGCAACUUUUGACCACUUGUAAAGACAAGAAGAUUAGGAUUAUUAAUCCAAGGACUGGGGAAGUGGAAUCCGAGGCGGUUUGCCACGAAGGUUCAAAAGCAACCCGCGCCAUUUUCCUCCGCCAUGGUCUCGUAUUCACGACUGGUUUUUCGAAAAUGUCCGAACGUCAAUACAGUCUUCGUACCCCUGACGCCCUUAACGAACCAAUCGUUAUGGUAGAAUUGGACACUUCAAACGGUGUCAUGUUCCCGUUAUACGACCCCGAUACAAAUUUGGUCUAUUUAUGCGGCAAAGGCGACUCUGUUAUUCGAUAUUUUGAGAUAACAGCAGAGCCACCUUUCGUUCAUUACAUCAACACGUUUCAAACACCUGAUCCACAACGAGGCAUCGGUAUGAUGCCGAAACGUGGCUGUGACGUCACCUCGUGUGAAAUUUCGAGGUUUUAUCGGUUGAAUAAUUCGGGCCUAUGUCAGGUUAUUACAAUGACAGUUCCGCGGAAGUCGGAACUUUUCCAAGAGGAUUUAUAUCCUGAUACUUUGGGCGAUAGCCCGGCCUUAACUGCAGAAGAAUGGGUCGAAGGUAAAGAUGCAGAACCGAUUUUGAUCUCGUUGAAAGACGGUUACAAGCCGCCAGAAUCCAAAGCCACAAUCACAGUGACGAAGAGAAAUAUUCUGGAUAAGGGCGGGGCCAAGACGGGGAAGACGCAAAACGCGACACAAGUUCCGGACAAAACGUUGCAAGAGUUCGCCGAUGAGAUAAGGAAGUUGAAAGCGAUGAUUGUCAAGCACGAGAAUCGAAUCCGGGCUUUGGAGGCGGAGGUGGCGUUGAGCAAAGCCAACGCUGAUGAGGACGGGUCAGGUGGUGACGGCUUGAAUGCCGGUCAUGCGCUAGGAGACGACGAGGUUUGAACAAAACAAGCACAAAAGUUGCCUUAAUUUAUCAAAGUGCUCAAAUUGUUUGCAAUCGCUUCUUUUUGAUACAUUACCUAAGUAUAAUAUAUUUAUUUUAUCAUUUUUUUUAACAAUUAUGUCAUUUUUUUAUCACCCCAAAGUGCUCUUUAAUAUUAUAUACGAUUGUUAAUUGCAUAGAUAUAGAUACUAUUUUCAUGAAACGUUAUAUUUAUAUAGUUUAUAAUUUUUAGGGGGGUUGUCAAUGCGGCCUUUUGAUUCAUCACAUGACAAUAAAUCGGGUUUUUUUACAAAUAUGUAUAUAAAGUUUUGUGCAAAUACGACGUGUAAAUAUACUGACUUGACUGAAAGGCUGCAUUUGACAAUCCGCCAUUGUGAAGUUUGUGUGUUCCAUGUUUAACAACGAAUAAUGUAAAUAAAUGUAUAAAUAUGUAAUGCAUUUGCAGAUGAAAACUAAUAAUUGUUUUAUUAGUAUUUUUACAAAUACAAGUUAAAAGUUA